GUGAUUUUUUGGGAGGCAGUAUAAGAGGGCAGAAUGAAAGUGAAAAGAUAGUGGGGGAUUCGAUACUAUACUAUACUAUAUUGUACAGUAAAUUUUGCAACUCAGAUAGACAAUGUUUUAUUUGAACUAUGAAACGAUAUAUUUUACUGCAAACCAGCCACAAAAGCUUACUAAGAUCUACAUGACAUUUAAAUAAAGGAAGAGUCGUUUGAAAUGAAAUUUGAAUAACAACAUUUUAUAAUAUGAUGGACAGCCAUUGGCAUUUAAUACAAUAUUGACAUCAGGCGUAUACAAAAUUGCCGCAGGCAUAUUGCAAAUAUCAAAAUGCCCUAUUACAUGGCAUGGAAGAUCAAGUGGAGGCCAGUAAUGUUCUUAUUUCUUAUUAUUAUUUCAACUAUAUGCCUGAUUCUCUUCAAAGAAAAAGAAAUGCGCUACUUUACGUUCGAUCGCAUUGAAAAGUUCACUGUACCGGAAACGAUGCACCUUGCUGUCGUAUCCUGUGGAAGACCAGGCUAUAUUGGAAUCAAGGAUUUCUCAAAACCAUUGGACCAAAGUUUAACAAUGAUCAAAUCAGCUUCAAUGUUUGCCAAAUCCCCAUUACAUAUUCAUAUAUUCACAGAGGAUGAGAUAAAGGGUUUGUUUGAAGAAGAGAUAAAAUCUUGGCCCAUCAAAGUUCAAGCACGUGUAAAGUAUUCAAUAUAUUCUGCUGAUUAUUCAAACCAACUUCCAGAGGAAUUGAUAAAUGAAUGGAAACGCUGGUACAAGCCAUGUGGAUCUUUUAGGCUAUUUCUUCCAAUGAUUUUGAAAAACAUCACUGACGCCGCAAUAUACUGUGACAGCGACGUUGUUUUCGUAAAACCGAUUGAUGAACUUUGGAAACAGUUGAAAUUGAUGAACGAGCGCCAUGUAGCGGGUAUUUCAUCCACGUCGGGUCAUCCGAUAAGUGUACCGAAGAGCAAUGAAAAAUUUAUAUCUGAUUCAAACGGGAAAAUGUUUCAAAUAAAUUCCGGUGUAAUGGUGUUGAAUUUCACGAGAAUACUAAGAGCUGAUUGGAAAAUGUUUCAUGAUGUGGACGAUCUUACAGUAUCCACAUCGAAAUAUGGAGCUGACUUAUUGCUGAAUUUUUAUAGAAAAUAUAAGGAUGAAGCUGAACAUGAUCAGAAGUUGUUGAAUAUAAUGUUUCAUUUUAAUUCUGAUCUGCUUUAUCAACUUCCAUGCUCUUGGAAUUUCAAGAAUAAUUUUUGCACUGACGAUGGUAAUAUAUGUGACGAUGCAGAAACGAAUGGAGCAGGAGCAGUACAUGGAAUAUCAGGAUCCUUUUUCGGGGAUUCAAAUCCGACAUUCAAAGGAUUAUAUGAAUUUUUUUUAAUGUAUAAGCUCGGACAAGAUCCAGAGAAGAAAUUAUAUCGGCGAUAUUUAUCCUUUCUCGGUGCGUUUGCUUCGAAGACAUAUUGUGGAAAAAAAUCACGAAUAAUUACUGAAUCACUAGGAAAAAGUGUGAAGGAAGUAGACUUCAUUACACCUGAUAUAGAUGUUGAAGUGGCUCCUGCAUUAGAAUGAAUACAAUAUAUCGUUAUUCAUUUACCGUUAUAUAAUAUAUCAAUAUUGGUUUAAGAAAUAGUGUGAAACCCAACAAGUCAAAUCAAAUAUUAUGUUUUGAAUUUUGAAUUUUUUUUAAAUUAUACGCUUAAUAACAAUAAGUCGAACAUACUUAUUUUUUUCAUAAGAAACUAUUUACGUUUUGCAUAUUUUUUAUGAUUGACUGCCCUGCUGGCUAAUUUUACGUUCAUAAUUCACGAUUUCUUACCUGAUCUCACAAUUGCUUUUAUGAAACAUUUAUAAACUCGUUUUGUAGCAUUUUACUGGCAAUUCAGAAAUCGGUUAAUUCCAAAUCAGGAACCAAACCGCUGAGUAAGUUGCCCAUAUGUCAUGUUUUAAAUUUACAGUGAUUAUAUUUGCGAAAAAAAGAUGAUACUUUUCAUUACAUAUUAACAAUGAAAAAUUUAAUUAAACAUGCCAGAAACGGGCUUCUGUAAACACGCACCGCCCCCGUCUCACUCUUUCAAUAAUAUUUGACUUAUUGCUAUUUUUGCACGUCAGUGGUCCCUUGCGAAUUUACUCAGUUCAACUUCUAUAGUUAGUGCUCGAGGCCUUGUAUUGAGCGAGCAUAUAUAUAACAUUUUUAUCGGCAUUAUUAAUAUUGACUAUUUAACAAUUAAGCGAUGUGAUUCUAUACACUUUGGAUAGUUCACGCUUGUUGAACUAUGCAAGUAUAAUUUUACUAUAAUUUUUGACAUUGUGACACAAUUUGUUAUUUGGCUUAUGGGACGGAAUAGAUGAUAACUUUGGAACAUCUUCUAUAAAUAUUUUAUAAUUUAAUUAAAUGUGACAGAAUUGGAAAGAAAAUAAUAAUAUGGUUGGUGAUACGG